AAGGAACUCAUUUUAUUUUCCUUGAGUUCAUCGCAACUCUGGGCAUGCAACGGCCCUGUUGAUUGUCAGUGGGUUUAAGUUGAGUGUGUCACUGGCUAGUAGACUGGUUAUUGACAAUUCUAGCCAUUUUGGUUAUUCCAAUUUUCUUUUUUUUUUUUUAGGGCUAUUUAUUCCCGACACACGGUGCAGUCGUGACCAUGGCCGCCCGCCAACAAUUGACGCCGGUCCUGAGGAGGUUGAAGUUGACAAGGGCCUCUUGUCCUAGUAUCAGCCGACAAUGCGCGCUGCGGCGGUCGCUAUCACCACCAGCUCGCUGCUUCAGCAACUCCCGCCGCCAGCAAUUUCAGAAGACAAGCCCCGCUGCCGCCGUCCAGGGCAAGUUGACGAGCGAAACUUACCCGGACUUAAAGCGGGACAGUCGCUUCGCCCAGCUCACGGAGGAACAUGUGGCAUACUUCCGGCAGCUUCUUGGCAGCGAGUCGGCCGUCAUCGACGGCGUCACGCGCAGCGACGCGGCCGACGACAUCGAGCCCUUCAACACGGACUGGAUGCGCAAGUAUCGAGGCCACUGCCGGCUGGUGCUCAAGCCCGGCUCCACCGAGGAGGUCAGCCAGAUCCUCAAGUACUGCAACGACAACAUGCUCGCUGUCGUCCCCCAGGGCGGCAACACGGGCCUCGUGGGCGGCUCCGUGCCCGUCUUUGACGAGAUCGUCAUCAACAUGGGCCGCAUGAACAAGAUCCUCGAGUUUGACGAGGUCAGCGGCACGCUGGUGGCCGAGGCCGGCUGCAUCCUCGAGGUGGCCGACCAGUUCCUGGCCAGCAAGGGCUACAUCUUCCCCCUGGAUCUGGGAGCCAAGGGGUCCUGCCAGAUCGGCGGCAACGUCUCGACCAACGCGGGCGGCCUGCGUCUGCUCCGCUAUGGCAGCCUGCACGGCAACGUCCUGGGCAUCGAGGCCGUGCUCGCUGACGGCACCGUCGUCGACGAUCUCUGCAAGCUGCGCAAGAACAACACGGGCUACGACCUGAAGCAGCUGUUCAUCGGCGCCGAGGGCACCAUCGGCAUCAUCACCAAGGUGUCGAUCCUGUGCCCCCAGCGCUCCCCGGCCCAGAACGUUGCCUUCUUCGGGCUCGAGUCGUUCGAGCAGGUCCAGCGGGCCUUCCGCGAGGCAAAGGGCCAGCUGUCCGAAAUCUUGUCCGCCUUCGAGCUCAUGGACGAGAGCAGCCAGGCGCUGGUCCGCCAGGUCACCGGCAACAAGCGCCCGCUCGAGGGCGAGUAUCCGUUCUACUGCCUGAUCGAGACCAGCGGCUCCAAUGCCGACCACGACAGCGAGAAGCUGCAGGCCUUCCUCGAAGACGUCAUGGAGAAAGGCAUCGUCGCGGACGGGACUCUGGCGCAGGACGAGACGCAGAUCAGGUCCCUGUGGGCUUGGCGCGAGGGCAUCCCCGAAGCCCUCAGCCACCUCGGCGGCACCUACAAGUACGACGUCUCGAUCCCGCUCAGGGAGCUAUACCAGCUGGUCGAGGACACGCGCGCCCGCGUCGAGGCCGCCGGCCUGAUCGGCGACACGGACGAGUUUCCCGUCCGUGCCGUAGUUGGCUACGGUCACAUGGGGGAUGCGAACCUCCAUCUCAACGUCUCCACCAGGCGGUUCGACGAGCGGGUCGAGAAGGUCCUGGAGCCGUUCGUCUACGAGUGGAUCGCAGAGCGGCAGGGCAGCAUCAGCGCCGAGCACGGCCUGGGAUUGAUGAAGAAGAAGUUCAUUGGCUACAGUCGCAAUCCCACGAUGGUCGGGCUGAUGAAGAACAUCAAGACCACAUUUGAUCCCAACGGCAUCUUAAACCCCUACAAGUACCUCUGAGAAUUCGCGAUGUUCGAGGCAAAAUCUUAACAACAACUUGGUAACUAUCGGUGUCUCAACCCUAGUGACCGAAGUGUAAACUGCAUCGAGAUAUAUUUUUUUUUCCUGUUUCCUAUACAGUACACAUACUUUAGCCAGCGAUACUGUUGAUUCCC